AUAGAGAAGAAGACUUUGAACAUAUUCUGUACUUUUAUUUUCACAAUGUCUAAAAUUAAGAGUAUUAUUUGGCCUCAGGUCAUUCUCUUCGGAGACUCCAUCACACAGUUUUCUUUUCAGCUGAAUGGAUGGGGCUCUGAAAUAGCAAACAAGCUAGCGAGAAAAUGCGAUGUGGUGAACAGGGGUCUGUCAGGAUACAACACACGGUGGGCUAAAGUGGUUCUUCCCCGCAUCCUCCCACCCACAGUCUCUAACCCUCCUGUAGCAGUAACCAUAUUCUUCGGUGCCAAUGACUGUUCCCUGGAAGACAAGAACCCACAGCAGUAUGUUCCCUGCGAGGAAUUCACACAGAACUUGAAAGACAUGGUGAAAUACCUGGCCUCGGCUGGAGUACCUAAUGACAAGGUUAUCUUCAUCACCCCUCCACCUCUUCAUGAGGCAUCUUGGGAGAAGGAGUGCAUCCUGAAAGGCUGCUCUUUAAACCGUCUGAACUCUGUGACUGGUCAGUAUGCUCAGGCGUGUGUGCAGACUGCAGGCCAGUGUGGAGUGGACGUGUUGGACCUCUGGUCUCUGAUGCAGAAGGAUGGACAGGAUUUCACAGUCUAUCUCUCUGACGGCCUGCACCUCUCUGCGAAAGGCAACCAGUUUGUGGCCGAGCACCUGUGGAAACUGCUGGAGAGUCGAGUGGCUGACUUGCCCUUUAUCUUGCCUUACUGGGGAGAUGUGGAUGCUAAGAACCCUGAAAACAGCCUCCUGAGUGAUUAGACUUGGUAGGUCCGAUGAUACACAGAAGCUCUGAAUUGCAGUAAGCACUGAACUGUAGCAAGCCUCUAUGGUUUGGUGAGUUUAUACCUGUUUGAGGGAGCAGGGCAGGGGAGUGAUACGGAGGGGUAGCCUUGACAGGUAAAGACAUGCACUUUAUCACUGCCUGGAGCUUUUUGGGUAAACCUGUCUGACAGUCUUUACAAAUAGAAAGCAUGUCAAGGAGCACAAAGUUAUCUCACUAAUUUCUAAGGCCUAGAUACACUGAGGAGAUCAGUUUUUGGGAGAACUAUUGAUCAUAUUUAAGUACACCAAUGCAAUGGCAUACUGUUUCAGUGCAGUAAGAUGAGCUUUAAGGGCAGCAGUAAUAUGCAAAAGCAGAUGCUGUAUUGACUUGGAUGGUCAUUCUGACUGGCUUGAUCGCUGCCAUAAUUGUCUAUAAUGUCAAUGUCGCCUGCAGAAAUAAAUUGGAGUGCUUUAUCAUUAAAUAUUAGAAUUUUAGUUAUGAAACACCAAAAAAAUUUUAAGAAUAGCUCAGUGUAUCCAGGGCUUGGAAUUACUGUGGGGAAUCAGGUAUUGUUAAAAUACUGGUUCAUGGUCUCAUGUACCCAUACUACACUGGAAGUUGAUUUUUUUUGAAGGAUUAGCUUUAUAUACCCAAUAUCAAUAUGUCUAUCCAUGUUCUUAAUAAAAAAAUAUUUUUUACUAUUAUUGAGUUCUUGUAUAUCCAUCAUUCAAAAAAAUGGUACAAAAAUCUUGUGCA